GUCUCUGUCGUAACAGAUAAGAGCACGUAAAGACAUGCAGAACCUCUGACACGUUUAAAAAUUAAUUUCACUCCAGGGUGUUUUAAGCGCGAGUCGCAGUCGAGCAGUCGGUCGCGCAGUGAUCAUGAUAGACUUCGCGCAAAUCCUGUCGUCUGUCGGCGAGUUUGGGGCGUUUCAGAAGCGCUUGCUGGUGGCGGUUUGUCUCCCCAACAUCUUCAUAGCUUUCCACAUGUUCGGCCAGGUCUUCACCGCCAUCAGCUUCCCACACAACUGCAACAGCAGCUGGAUCUUAGAGCGAGCUCCCAACCUGACAGAGGAGAAGCAGCUGAACCUCACCAUCCCUCAGGAAAGUAAUGGACAAUAUGAGAGCUGUAAGAUGUUCACACCUGUUGAUCUUGAUCUGGAGGUAAUUGAAGCUUAUGGAAUAAACACCACGACAUCAUGUACUGAAGGAUGGGUUUAUAAGGCUCCAGAAGGCAGCAGCACUCUUAUAACUGAGUUUGACCUGGUGUGUGAAAAUAAGAUUUAUGAUGAGGCAUCUCAGUCUGUCUACAUGGCUGGUCGUCUUAUUGGAGCCCUAUUGUUUGGUCCAAUGGCAGACAAGUAUGGGCGGCGGUUUGUCACACUGCUUUCCUUGUUCCUGCAGUUUCUGUUUGGGGUGGGAGUAGCAUUUUCUCCCAACAUCUUUGUCUACAUGGCUCUCCGCUUUGUAGUCGGCACAACAAUAUCGGGGAUCUCUAUCAACACGUUUGUUCUGGGUACUGAGUGGUGUGAUUCAGACAAACGGGCCCUUUUUACCAUAUUGUCACACUGCUUUUUUGCCAUUGGUCUGGUGUUGCUGUCUGGUUUAGCCUUUGGUAUCCGAAACUGGAGGAUUUUGCAGCUGGUUCUGUCAGCACCAGUUGGGCUUUUCUGCAUCUAUUACUGGAUUCUCCCUGAAUCUGCCCGAUGGCUUCUAACUCAGGGCAAGCAAGACAAGGCCAAGAAAGAGAUAUUGAAAGCUGCCCGAAUCAAUGGCAAGAAUGUGCCCGAAAUUCUGCUCGACAAGAUGGAAGCAGAGAACACAGCUAAUACAGGCACCAUGCUAGACCUGUUUCGAUUGCGAUACCUGAGAAAGAGAACUCUCGUCAUGUGCUAUAUAUGGUUUGUGACAAGCUUGGUUUACUAUGGCGUAAGCUUGAACGUGGGGAACUUCGGCCUGGACAUUUACCUGACUCAACUCAUCUUUGGCAUUGCAGAGUUUCCCGGCCGGCUUUCCUGCAUUCCUCUCAUUCAGCGCUUCGGAAGGAGGAUUUGCCAGAGCGCAGCGCUGCUUCUUGGAGGCAUCGCCUGCCUGAUUAUUCCUGCUAUACCAGCGGAGUAUCCUGUGAUUGUGACUGUGUUUGCAGUGAUUGGGAAGUUCUCCCUCACUGCCUCUUUCGCUAUAGUGUUUGUGUACGCAGCUGAGCUCUACCCCACGGUUGUGAGGCAAAAUGGAGUGGGACUGAACACCAUGUGUGCAUGUGUAGCUAGUAUUCUGGCUCCUAUGACUGGCUUGUUGGACAUGUAUCAUCCUGCUAUUCCAAUGGUCAUAUACGGCUCUCUUACUGUUCUGGGAGGAGCACUUACCUUCCUGCUCCCAGAGACACUAAACACUGACCUACAGGACCACACUGAUGUUCCAGUGGAUGACGGCAUGGGAUCAUGGAAAGCCAGUAUUGAAAAAGGACUGAAUCAGAAGCAGGAAAUGAGCACAAAACUAUGAAAUUUAUACUGAUAUUUAAAAAUGUAGUUGAAGUUUCCUUUUUUUUUUUUUUUUGAUUUUUACUAAUAUGUGUGAAUGAGGAAAAUAAGACAGAGUUAUGACUGUUUACUUUUCAAUUUGCAAGUGUCAUGUUGUCAAGUUUUAUUGAUUAAAAUGAAUUUGUACUCUUAUCGUUUCAGUUUAAAAACUAGUAAAAAUCAGUGAUUUAUUUAUGAUUGAAAA